AUGACAUUGGAAGAUGCUGAUAUGGUAAGGUGUGCUACUUAUCUUCUGAAGGAUGAUGCUUUGUUAUGGUGGGAAGGAGCAUCCCUAUCCGUCGAUCCAAAUACACUUUCUUGGGAGGGCUUCAAGGAGGUGUUCUACUCUAAAUACUUCACCGAGGAUAUACGUUCAAAGUUGACCCGGGAAUUCAUGACGUUAAGGCAGGGCGACCGUUCCAUUGCCGAGUUUGUCCGAGAGUUUGAUCGGGGGUGCCACUUUGUGCCCUUGAUAGCUAAUAAUCCCAAAGAGAAACUGAGGCACUUCAUUGAUAGUUUGCGGCCUAUCCUACGUCAUGAUGUAAGGGUGGCUGACCCUAAGGAGUUUGCAGAGGCUGUGACUAGGGCCUUGAGGGCGAAGCAGGAUCAGAGGGAUAUUGAAGUUGAUAGGCAGGGCAAAAGGCAAUAUCUGGUGCCUCACCAACAACCUCAACAACAGAACAAGAGAAAAUUUAUUGAACCAUCGAAAGUCAAGGGCCAACAAUCUCAGAUGCUCGACAUGAGUUACUCUGUGACAGUUCCAUCUGGGGAGGAGUUGCUAGCUACUUGUAUAGUCAGAGAUCAUGGUCUUGAGUUGCAAGGUCAUACCGUGCAAGCUGAUCUCAUUGUGCUGCCAAUGCUAGAGUUCGACAUUAUUCUGGGCUGCCAUGCAUUCUUAGUGAGUAUUAUGGCGACCCCGGUGGUAGGUAGUCCAUCAUUGGAGGAGGUGGAAGUUGUUAGAGAAUUUCCUAAUGUUUUUCUCGACGAUAUUGUUGGUAUCCCACCUGAGCGAGAAGUGGAGUUCUCUAUUGAGCUUAUAUCAGGUGCAAUGCCAAUCUCUAAGGCACCAUACCGACUAGCACCAACAGAGAUGAAGGAAUUAAAAGAACAAAUCCAAGAAUUACUAGAUAAGGGUUUCAUUCGCCCUAGUUACUCCCCGUGGGGCGCACCAGUGUUGUUUGUCAAGAAAAAAGAUGAUAGCAUGAGGCUUUGUAUCGACUACAAUGAAUUAAACCGGGUGACAGUUAAGAAUAAAUACCCACUGCCAAGAAUCGAGGACCUAUUUGAUCAAUUACAAGGAGCUAUAGUGUUCUCAAAGGUAGAUCCAUCAAAGGUAAAGGCCGUGAAAGAAUGGGCAGUGCCUAGGAAUGCAUCAGAAAUACGUAGCUUCUUAGGUUUGGUCGGCUACUAUAGGAAGUUUACCAAAGGGUUUUCUUCUAUAGCAGUGCCGCUUACCGCAUUGACAAAGAAGAAUGCAAAGUACAAUUGGAGCUCAGGUUGCCAGAAUAGCUUCGAUACUUUAAAGCAAGCUCUUAUUACAGCACCAGUUCUAGCAGUGCCAUCUGGAAAGGAUGAUUUUGUGUUAUACACUGACGCAUCUAAACUCGGAUUAGGUGAUGUUCUUAUGGAACGCGACCGGGUAAUUGCAUAUGCCUCUAGACAAUUGAAGGAGCAUGAGAAGAACUAUCCGACUCGUGAACAGAGUUGCCUUACCACCUAA